UCAUAACAUAGGUAGCAUAUUAUUAUAUACCUACAUACAUGUGUCCGUGCCGUGCUUGUCGGAUAAUACGAGGCCGCGGCACGUGUGUCGCGAGUUUAUAGGUCAUUUUCCAAGUCAACCGUGGACUUAGAUUUAUAUUCUGAACCCAUAAUACUGUGCGCGUUAUCACCUCCAACGAAAGGCGCUGCAGCGGAGAAAUGUAAACAAGCGAGGAUUUCGUGAAAAAAAAUUAGAAGAACGAUUUCACCACACAGAGCUGUGUAUUAUAAUUAAUCGGCAAUCGCGCACGCGUAUCAUCCCACUCCUCUCACACCCCACCCCGCUGCCACAUUCUCUUUUAAAGCACCGGAGAUGAAUCCUAUGUAAAUACACGCGGACGCGGUAGAUUAAACGGAAAAAUAACCAUAUAGACCGCGAGACCAAACCCACGUUUGCCCAAUCUAUACGAUAUGAGGCGUGUAUUAUAAAUUACAAUAUAUACUAUAAUAUCAAUAUUAUAUUAUAUUAUUACCUAGUUGUUAAUGUAGACGCUGUUUCUCAGCCAUCCUGGACCAGAGGACAGCGUCACGAUCAUCCUGCAGGACGUCGGGCACGAGGACGUGAGUCGCGUCCUGGAGUUCGUGUACACGGGCGCUGCCGUCGUCCCAGGACACAAAAUGGACGGUUUUGUGACGGCUGCAGGUGCGCUGGGAAUCGGUCCAUUGCUAGACCCGCGACGACACUUGGAAAUGUCCACGGUCCAGCCACAGGCUCCUCGCCAUCCGUGCUCUCCACCAACAGUCAUGUAUGAUCCGACGCCCCUGACGACGACGCCACCGCAACAGCAGCAUCCUUAUUGCAGGGUCCGUCAGCCACCCAGGACCACGGGUAUCCUUACGCCUUCACCGUGGGCACAGAAUUCCCGGCCGCCGUGUGCCACUCCCAGGUACUCGGCUCCAAAGACCGUGCAACCUGACCCCAUAGCAAUACCGGUGCACCCGCUGACCGCGACAUCAAUUCAGGUUACGGAAAAACAAAAAGGACCGCUUCUUAUUCCACUAUUACCACCAACGCCGCCGGAAGAGCCAACAAUUGUUUCGAUACCACCGUCACCGUCAACUGACAGUGACAGAGACACGAACCAAAAACUAAAAGUUACCAGCGAUGCUAAUAAUAAUGGGAUCCCGGAGAAAGACCGAAAUUCGAAUCAAACAAAAAGUCAUGUUUGUCAAGAAUGUGGAAAAACUUUUGUAACCAAAGCGUCUCUUAAGAUCCACCAGAGGACCCACACGGGCGAGAAACCGUUUGUGUGCGAGUCGUGCGGCAAGCAGUUCAGCCAACUGCGCAACUACAAGUAUCACAGGUCCGUGCACGAGGGCACCAGAGAGUUCUCCGGUAGCUGUCCGGAGUGCGGUAAGCUGUUCAACGACCGCGGAUACCUGAGCUCACACAUGAAAAUCCACCGGAACCGAAAGGAGUACGAGUGCGAGUAUUGCACGAAGAGCUUUAACCAGCGGGUGGCGUACAACAUGCACGUGCGCAUACACACGGGCGAGAAGCCGCACAGUUGUCACCACUGCGGCAAGUCGUUCACCAGGAAAAUGUUGCUCAAACAGCACCUACGCAUACAUACCGGCGAAAAGCCGUUCUCGUGCGCAGUGUGCCACAAGCCGUUCGCCGACAGGUCCAACAUGACGCUGCACAUGCGCCUGCAUUCGGGCGUCAAGCCGUACGCGUGUGCGGUGUGUUCCAAGUCGUUCACCAAGAAGCACCACUUGAAGACGCACAUGAACUACCACACGGGCGUCAAGCCGUACUCGUGCGAACAAGUGCGGGCUGAGCUUUAGCCAGAGUAGCAACAUGAGGACGCACCUGAAAAAGUGCAGUGCCGUCGCGACACCGCCACCACCGUCCCAGUCGCCACUGAACGCCACAGUGGCGGCACCGACCGCACAGCACGACUGAACGAGUACGACGCGACCGCAAGGUGACGACGUCCCUUGUGUUUCUUCACAAAUUGAAACGGUUUUCAUCUUACACUUUCCGAUUCAGCCUUCUUCCUUUUACUACGCUCGCGACGGAUUUGACCACAAACUCCGUCGCUUUGUAGCUAUAUAAACGUUAGGUUAUGUAAUUAAUAUAAAUAAUUUAUGAUUUUGUGUAAUAUAAUAUAAUAUAUGAAUAUUAUUUUUGUUCUAUCGGAUCGUUGAGAAACAGACGAAA